UGACGCGUUAGACCCUUUCCGACAGCCGUGUGAUUCACUUCUCGAAAUAAAUUCCUCGAAAGCUGGUAAAAAGCUGCUGCAAAUUAGUUGAUAACUUGCAUUUAACAAACAAACAAAUCCCGCUGCACUGAACCACUGGUGAUGUCACAGCUGCGCUCGAAAGUCAUUACCCUCUACAAGCACUUGCAGUAUUUGGGCCGCGAAUAUCCCGGCCUGAACGGGCCGCAGAAGUUCAGGAAGCAGAUCCACGAUGCCUUCAUGAACCACAAGGAUGAGCAGGAUCCCAAGAAGAUCGUGGCCCUGCUGGCCCAAGGACGCUACCUGGCCAAGGAGGUGGAGGCCCUGUACUCGCUGAAGAAGUACCGCAGUGUUAAGCAGCGCUACAGCUACAAUGACUAAGUGACUGAGCGGGCGGAACGGAGUGAAGAGGGCGUGGCAGCGAUGCGGAAAUCGUGGCGAAAAUUCAAGGACUGAAACGGAAGAUGAAGGUGAUACGGGGGGAGGAGGAAUCGUGAGAAUAUGAUAUGUUUGCCUUGCUUGUCGCACACAAAAAAGUAUCACACACACAUAUAAUAUAUGCAUAUUGUUCGGCCAAAGCAAAGUCAACCCAAAAAAAAAAACAACAAUAAUAAUUUCGAAUGUCUUGUCAAUGUCCAACUUAAAGUUUGUUAUUGAGGCAGCCAAAAAAAAGCGAAAAAACGGACGUAGCGAAUAAACGAAGCAGUCAUUGAAUAAACCAAAAUAACCAAAAA